ACCUCAUUUUCAGGCAAUAUGUCGCCCUACAUCAUCUCGUAUCUGCACGAAAACGUCGACGAGUGUGUUGACCAUGCCUACUCCAUUUGGUUGGCUGCUGGAUCGUCGGCCAUGUUUGGAAUCACAAUGCCUCUCUCGGGAAUGCUUUGGAAGAAGAUGGGACUCAGACGACUGGUGUUGAGUGCGUGUUUGCUCAACAGUAUCAGCGUGUUCGUCUCUUCAUUCACAAUUAACGCCAACUUCGGCCUCUUUUUCUUCACCUACGCAAUUUUGGCCAGCUCAGCUGUCGGAAUCGGUUAUGGACUCAGUCUGCAAGCGGCAAUUACGUGGUUUCCCAAGAACCGUGGUCUUGUGAUGGGAAUCUGCGCCGUUGGCUUCGGCUCCGGGGUGUCAGUGCUUGCCCCGGUGCAAACGCUUCUCAUCAAUCCCAACAACAAGCCCGUCAGCCCAGGAACCAACAUGUUCAAAGAAUACGAAGUGCUGGUUCGCGUCCCCAUCUGCCUACAAAUCACCGGAGCCCUGAUCUCAAGCUUGCAGGUGAUUGGCUGCUGCGUUCUUCGGCCACGGCCAAUCAGCGACGAGACCUCCGAAGGCGUCGCCAUGGAAACACCAAGGACGGAAGGGACUAGCAAGAGCCAGGACCUGACUCCAAGGCAAGCUGUUCGGCAUCGCGACCUGUACUUCUUCUGGGCCAUCAUGUUUUGCUCACUAGCCCCUCACACUCUUAUUUCAGCUCAAGUCAAGACACUUGCUCUUCCGGCUAUUCAAGAUGAUAGAUACCUAACCCUAGUCGGCGCCCUUGGAGGUGUCUUUAACACUCUGAGUCGACUCAUCUGGGGAUGCUUCGUGGACAGAAUCUCGUUUAAGGCUCCACUUUGUCUCGUCAACGUAAUCUACGCAGCAGUGCUCGCAAGUUUGCCCUACAUUCCGUGGAUUGCUGGCAGUGGGAGGUACCUCUACGGCGUGUGGAUUACCGUCAUGUUUCUGUGCGUGGGAGGAAAUUUCCUGCUGAUUUCUGUUGGCGUGACUGCGAGGUUGGGUUUGAGGCACUUUGCUGAGAACUAUGGGAUCGUGUACACAGCGAGGGUGAGUAUACCUGCUUCCAUCAUUUCCGCCGCAAUCCUCUCAAGUGUUAACACUCAGCUCUAUGCGAAGGAAGCAUUCUACGGCUGUGGCGCCAUCGCGCUUCUGUCGGCGGUCCUAUGCGUAGGCUUCAUCGACGUACGCUUGACCUACUGCGCCACGUCACGAAGAGCAAGUGGAUCGCAGGGCGAAGACGCCUCCAAGCAAACGGUAAGAACCUCGAACCACGAGCAGCCUCCCUUUCUCCGAUCAAAUCCCUACAGUUGA